AUGGGGCUCAGCAAGAAGAUUGGGGAUGUACGACCUCACGAAGACAUUGUGAUGUCGGUUGCUGGCAGCGUCGACUUCCAUACGCAGGAUUCGUUUGGCAGCUCGGCUGAUGAUCUCACUUGUGUAAUUCUGCCGAAGUCGACCGACCGUCUUAAUGGUAGUGGUGUAAUGACAACCGGAGAAAUAGAGCCUGAAGACUCAAAGGUUGCCAUGGCAACAUACGUCAGUGGCGUUGAUCUGGGAUGCGCAGAUCCGAGUACAAACCAGAAAAGUGUGAAGUCGAGAGUAUCCGAUGCAGGGAUGCAGAUUGAGAAGAAGGCUAAUAACGAGCUUCGUCACACCUUAUCGUCACCUUCUAGGCUGUGCACCAUUUCCACAUGGGUUUUGAAUAACGGACAAAGCAGAACAUUUGGCGACCCUAGCAAUCCGAAAAAGAUCUUAUUCGUGAUGGGAUUGGCAACUUCGGGACUUGCAUGGUUGAAGCAAGCGAUGCAUUUCCAGGACGACUAUCAUGUCUGUUGCUAUGACAACAGAGGUGUGGGGCGAUCUAGUGCACCCUUGGAGCGGUAUACUACCUCUCUCAUGGCUGAAGAUGGGGCAUGUCUCUUGGAUCAUCUUGAGUGGACUAACGCCAGAUCAAUACAUAUAGCUGGUAUAAGUAUGGGAGGCAUGAUAUCACAAGAACUGGCGAAGCUGGUGCCGGAGAGAGUGCUUUCUCUCACACUAAUGGCAACUUUCUCCGGUGGUUUUAAUGUAGAGGACUUUGCGAGGACACUCCCGUACGCGUCUGGUUUCCGGAAGUUCGUGCACUCAUCGGUGUCCUUUUUAGGGGGCAGAGACAUGCUCAGAAAGAGUAUAAUGCAGUUCUUGUACACGUCUGAUACAAUGGAUUCCUGCGAACAGGAACAUCUGGAUAGUCUCCACCGUGUCAUUGAGAAAGACGAUCUGAAACGUAUACGCUUUCAGCCGUACAAGAAGCUGGUACUCUGUGGAAAGCUGGACGAUUGCGUUCCGCUGCGCAACAGCGUAUGGCUAGCAGAUCACCUCAACUCCGAGCUAUAUGUGGUGCACGACGCUGCUCACGGAGUUGCGAUGGAAAAGAGUGAAGAAGUGAAUGCGAAGCUGCACGCGUUCUUCAGAGAAAGCGAAGAACACAUCAGGAAAACGUACGAAAACAUCCUAACGUACUGA